GUUUCGAAGAAGAAGAGUGCCUGGAGUCGGGUCACGUGACGCGGCGUUGAUUGGCAGCUCCCAGACAGGAGAGACAGAGAGGGAGACGGAAAGCAAGGGCGCGGGGAGGGAGACAGUCAGUGUGAGCGGCACUCAGUGUAAUGCAGUCCGGGCUGUGCCGCUCCUCCACACUCCGCUCUCACACUUUAUACCGGGACAGAUCUGCCAGGAGGGAGGAAUCACUUCCUUUCUGCCCCCCCUCCAAUGCUCACAAACUUUGUUGUUCUACAUCACCACCACCACCAUCAUCAGUGUGUCCGGACUGGGAUCUCGGUUAACGUAUCUAUAAAACCAGAUGUGGGAAGAUGGUGACUACGGAGAAAGGAGUUGUAGAAGAAUGGCUAUCAGAGUUUAAGAUUCUACCAGAAGCAUCCCUAACUAGCUAUGCAUCAAGCCUAACAGAGCGAAGUUCUUUGGUAUCUGCUAUCUAUGAAGUCAUCCAGGAGCCCCCAAGUGAGUUACUGGAACCAGUUUGCCACCAGCUCUUUGAAUUCUAUCGGGGCAGAGAGAAGCACCUUAGGACUUUCACGCUUCAGUUCCUGCCAGAGCUCAUAUGGUGCUACCUUUCAGUCUCCUCCAGCAGAGACUUGCAGAGCAGUGGAUGCAUCGAGGCGCUCCUUCUGAGUGUCUACAAUUUGGAGAUAAUGGAUGAAGAAGGACGCAGCAAGGUAUUGGCCUUCACAAUCCCAUCAUUAUCUAAGCCAUCAGUCUACCACGAGCCUUCCAGCAUUGGUUCCAUGGCACUUACAGAAGGUGCUUUGUCUCAGCAUGGUUUGAGCAGGGUUAUCUACAGUGGGCCUCACCCUCAGAGGGAGAUGUUGACCGCUCAAAACAGGUUUGAAGUGUUGACAUUUCUCUUACUUUGUUAUAACUCUGCGUUGAACUUCAUGCCAACAGUAUCCCUUCGAUCACUGUGUCAUAUGUGCUCAAGGCUCUGUGUCUGUGGAUACCCUCGUCAACAUGCAAGGAAAUACCUGGGUAUAAAGAACAGGAUUCCUGUGUCCUCAGAGUUCAUGGUGCAACUUUUAACUGGAAUUUAUUAUGCAUUUUACAACGGGGAGUGGGAUGCAGCUCGCAGAGCUUUGGAUGAUGUUCUGUACCGGGCGCAACUAGAACUUUUCCCAGAGCCAUUGCUGGUUGCAAAUGCCAUUAAAGCUUCGUUACCCCAAGGAGCUAUUAAGGGAAUUAAAGAAGGAACCAGAUGUAUACAAGUGGAAAUCACACCAACAUCAUCUAGGAUAUCAAGAAAUGCAGUCACUAGCAUGUCUAUCAGAGGCCAUCGAUGGAAGCGACACGACGCUGCAGAACUAACACUACAGGAAGAGCUGACGGAAAUAUCGGAGGUGGACGAAGGGUUUUGCUCCAGGGCUGCAUCUAGCUCAAGUCAGUCUGCCAUGUCCCACAGCAGUAGCAGCGGCAGUUUUAGCAGGCCUCCCUUGGGAAAGGCCCAGAGAAGAUCCGCUGGAGGCAGAACUGGGGGAAAAGAACGUGACUCCAUUGGAGAGUCUUGCCGUGAGCAUCUUAGCAGAAAGCAGAACCAGAGGGCUAUGAGUGAAAACCUGGAGCUAGUAUCUUUGAAGAGGUUAACAUUGACAACCAGUCAGUCUCUCCCCAAGCCUGGAAGCCAUAGCCUGGCAAGAACUGCCACUUCUGUAUUCAGUAAAUCCUUUGAGCAAAUGAGUGGCGCAACGUCCUCACAUAAUCCCAUGAGCACGAGUGUUGCCAGUACAGGCACUGGUAAGGAAAAGAAUAGAUUUAGUGCAUGUAGCCUACAGGAGGAAAAACUGAUGUACAUUUCGGAAAGGACAGAACUUGCAGUGCCCAAUAAACACCAGCAAAGUCACCCAAGGUCCCCAAGCAUCUGCAUCACUCUGUCUACAGACUAGAAUUAUCAAGGAAAUUAAAUGAAGUGCGCAAACUGGAAUUCAUUUAUUUUAUUGUUAGUUUGUUUGGGGUUUUUGUUCUUUUUUUCAUAUAUGAAAUGCAAUUGCUGACAUUUCAGUACUUGGUUACCUAUUGAGGUUUUUCAGUUAUAAGUUACUGACUUCCCACUGUCAUUUUGUACACAGUUGACAUUUUGGUCAAUGAACAAGUUCCGCUUGUAUUGGAUUCAAUACCCGGUGAAAUAACUUCUGUGUGAUUUUAUUGCUUCUACUUUUUAAUUGUCUGAGUUGGUUUAUUAUGUCUUUAUGGACCUUUUUGGUAAUACAAAAUUGAUUGACUAAACAUUUUCGGGGUACUGUGCCAUCUUUUCAAAUUUAUUUUUAUUGUUUUUAUUUAUUUUUGGAAAAGCCAUACCCAUAUCCCUCGAUCUCAAAUCGGAAACCAGAAAUCAAUCAAUCAGACAUAAAAUGAAGCUUCUUGAGAGUGGCUGCAAAAAAUCAGAUUCUGGUCAUUUGCUCAAGGCUCUUGGCUACCUGAGCACAUGAGGGUAACUUAAUAAAUGUUUGUGUUUA